GGCUAGACGGCGGGUUUUUCUUACGGGAUGGCGGGUAAUCUGGCAAGAAGCAGACGUCCAAUUCCCGGCCAAACGCAAGGCCUUGGCUGACAAAAAGGGUGGAUUCGGAUCAUCGGAUGACAAGCGAACAGGCAUAGAUCUAGCCUAGCUCUACUCUAUAGCCACAGAAUCAGAUUUCUGGAGUAAAAAUGACCUCAGAAGUUCAAGACACUGUUGACGAGAGCCGAGCUUGUGCAGCAGAAAGCAGUUUGCACAGAUGGCCAAGGCGUAUCGAUGAAAAUAACACUUUGUGGAUACCUAUUCAUUCUGUAAAUCCGCAUUUGAUAUGUGGCCUUUGCCAGGGAUAUUUGUAUGAAGCAUGCACCAUAACAGAAUGCAUGCAUUCAUUUUGCAAGAACUGUAUUGUAAAGCAUCUGGAAAGAAGCUUGAAUUGUCCAAUGUGUGCAAUACUCAUACAUCCAACAGAUCCUUUUGUACACAUCAGGUUAGAUGGCUUAUUACAAGACAUUGUGUAUGCUCUUCUGCCCCAUGUUGAAAAAGAGGAGUUAGAGAGAGAGAGACUGUUCUACGAGAAGCAUGGAGACAGUUUAGGAUACCCUGAACAGAAAAAAGAGAAAUCAGCUUCAGUUCCAUAUGCUCAUCCUGGUUAUCCGCUGUCGCUGUCUAAAUCUCACCCUCACUCUACCUGCCCACUGCCCAGCACACAUACUUCUCACAGAUCUGGCUAUGUAUCUCCAGUUUCACUGUGCUUGCAGUGCUUGAAUUCAGAAGUGCAACAGAAACUGGGCAAGCAAUAUGUACGAGUCACAGGAGGGGCAACAGUGCGAAGUCUCUCAGUGUUCUUAAAGAAAAAACUUCAAGUUGAAGACACCCAUAAUAUUGAGCUCUACUGCCCUUGUAAGUCUGGCUUUGUGUCUUUAAGUAGUGGCCACACUCUAAAAGCCGUCAAAGAUUUGUAUUGUUAUGAUCAGGAUAUUCUUCAUCUGAAGUAUGACAUAAGUGAACAGUGACCAGUUGCAGCUUGUGCUCAGUUGUUGAAGUAUUCUACAGUAUGCAAUCCCCCAAGAUGUUACAUCACAGACUACUUUGAAUGCAUUCCAGCUCAGACCUCCUAAACAUGUUAUAUUUUUUUAGGGAACAGUGAUCAGUAAGUGAUUACUGGGUAAAGAUAAGUUGUUUUUAUAUGCUGCCCCUUUGCUAUGGCAGGUUUAGAUCACUUUUUUCCUUGGGAACAAAAUUGUACAGUAGCAUCUUUGUGUUUUGGUGAGCUGGAUAGGUUUUCCUGGGUGUCAUCUCCCCUGAGUGAUGUGCAUAAGAAGGCUGAUUUAGAAGCAAUUGAUAAAUUUUAAAAAGAAUACUUUUUUUUUUCGGUCUAAUUAUGCCCAACUCACUUUCUUGGUCUAGUGGUGCACGUCUUAGUUGAUACUUAUUGAAAUUGCCAAGAGAAGUCCAAAUAUGUGAUGGGUUUUCUAAAAUAAGAUUUUCAGUAUUAGUUCAGUGAGAGGUUGUGUCUGUUUAUUUUGACUUAUACUGCCACCUUACGUCCAUCUAUUAUAUUAGAAGCCAUUCAUGGAGCUAACAUACCCAGUGAUUUUCAAGAGUGCUUUUGUUUUUGCCUACACUACAUCAACUGUAUGUGGGUGUUCUCCACUCAUUCAGCUUUUUUAGAAGAGAUUCGCCAAAUGAUCUGAAUUGCCACUUUUGGGUUGAAAGCACCCAUAUGCCUUUAUAAAAUAUCACCCAGUCUCCAAAUGGUACAGAUUAUGCAACUUGUAUUAAACUCAAGUCUGAAAACCUUCCCACUUGGAGGUCAGACCUAUGAAUAGACAGUUCAGUGUAAAUUUCAAAUUGCUUGUAUAUUUACAAAAAUAGGCUCAAAGGUCUUGCCCUCCCGAUAAGCAUGCUUUUUUAAUUGUGUAAGUAUUUUAAGUCAUUAAAAAGUUAUGAACAUUUUUGUGAUCGAAAUUUUGCCUUGAAAUGGUCCAUUUUUUGGCUCUGAUUUUUGUGCCCAAUUUCGAUGCCCAAUCAACAGAUUGCUAUGUGGGCCUAUUAGCAAAUUUUACAAUACAUCUUUUAAAAACAUUGGUCUCUAAUUUAACCCCGAAGAAGCAUAUAUAAAUCAAUAAAUAUCGAGAACAAAAAUUUAUUUUGAAUAAA